AUGUCUCUCGAUGUCGCCCUGCAGUCCGUCGCAUUCUACGUGCUUUCAUGUAGCACAUGUGCUAAGAUCAGCCAUCGUCGAAAAGCGAAGGUCCAAGCAAAGCGCGAGAGAGCAGAGAAGCAGGACUUGGAGACAGAGCAACCAGGCUUGUAUAGGCAUCCAUCGCCAUUUUCGACAAACCCGUUUUGGACCGAGGAGAUCAUGAUGGGUCCUGGGCCGCCUAAGCAGAAGGCUGACAAGAGCUCAAGCAAGAAUACAAGUCAGAGGGCGCUCAAUACUGCUGGGCAGGGGAGCAGUUAUGCGGGAAGCACUGGGAUGAGUACUGAGGCGCCUAGUAGCCCUACGACUGCUACGGAGGCUUCAAGGUUAUCUGGCGAUGGCUGGAAUCGGAAGCGAUACCAGCGCGAGGAUGAGGCGCUUUGGGGCGUUGAUCUCCAGGGUUCUGGACAGAAAAUAAAAGAUGCGUUUGCAAAGGCAGGUUCAUCCGCCGGCCGUCUCCUAGAGGGCCGUUUGAGCAAGAGUGGCCCGAUAAAUGAGGAAAAUCCAGGACCUUAUUACCUAUCUGCAAGAAACCCACCCGUCAAUGAUUUGCACCCGCCUGUGGUUAGCACGCAACCUUCUAGUCGGGAUGAGACUAGGUGGAUGCUUCAGCCACCACCGCCGGCCAAAAUUAUGGAGGGGAAAGUGAGGGUGAAUAGGAGUCGUGCUGGCAGCAGUGGCAGCAGCAUGAAGCAUACCUUAAGUCGGCAAACAACUGAUAGGGCCUUUGACGCAAAGCUACAGAGAGCCGAAACGCCUUCACGGCAAGAAUCAAGAUCGCGCACGUCUCGAUCAACUCGGCGAAAAGCGCAUCGACAUGGAAGUAACAGGGGUACGUCACCCGACUCAUCUGAUGAUGAUUCGAAUGGAGUUGUCUGGAGACGACCCAGGCCUCCCCCCUUGUCGAGUCCGAGUCCGAACACCAGAGGCAGUUCUCCGGAUAUAAUAGAACGUAUCCCGGGCCCCCAAAGUCUUCCAAGAUCUUCUACAAUAACUGAAAUGAGGGAAACAUCCUCGAGACCUCUCUUAACAACUAUUGUCAGCUCUUCAGCUGGCGUUCCAAAGGCUUCGUCGACUGAGGGUACUCCCUCCCAGUUACCCUUACGGGAAAUCCCUCCACGAUCGACGGACAGUGCGUUGAACUCCAAAGCAUCAGCGCCAGUUUUGAAAUUGCCCAACACUGAGAAUCCAGCGUCAGCGCCAAUUCCAAGUUCAAAGUCACAACCCCCCGAUGUACAAAGCAAGUCACAGAACGGACGUGCAUAG